AUGUUCGUGAGUGACAGCCUGCAGCCACUCGGCUACGGGAGUAAGCGAGACGCGGCACAGCGGAGUUUGAACCAGCACGCAAUGGUCUCGAAAUCCAGACUCAAAGAUCGAGGAAGACAAUCGUUCCUCUUCACUAUAGAGAACUUUGUGAGGGGUGUCGGAAUCGCGGGAUCAGUUGGGGUAAUAAGCCGCAGAGAAGAGAGUGGAGAGCACCGGGCGUUGAUGCGUGAAGAGGAGGAUGAGGCGUGGAACUCAGUACAUCGUUUUUGGAUGGUCAGCUUCCAUGACUCGCAUGCGAUACCAUCAGAUAACGCUCUUGUUUGUGCCAUCUGGGCACAGUUUCUAGCCUCUUGGGCCUCGGGCUCGCUUAGCUCUCCCAUCUUCUCUCUUCUCUACCACCACCAUCUCCUCCCUUCCCUCCCUUCCCUCCCUUCCCUCCCUCCCGGACCCGGACCCAAGGCCGCCCAAUCGAAGUCCGGUGUCAAGACUCAACAUCAAGUAUCAAGACCUCAAGCCGGGACCGUGUCGGAUUGGGAUCGCUCGCGACGCGAUCGACAGGCCAUGGGUGUCACGGGGAUGUGUGCAGAGUCGCGCUGCGGCCUCAAGAACCUCGAGGGAUCUACAAAUAACCCUAAUGUGGGCAAGGCGGAGAGAGAGAGCCUUUGGACAAGAGUCUUCGACAGACUCCCUUUUUUCGUUGGUCUGGCUAUGGCUAUUGUGCUAGGGCUGGUCUUGCUAGAGCUGAGUGACAUCGACAUCGACCUCACGACCGAGCCCAAGCGCGAUAUCAGCAUCGCCCACGACCGGGCUCAAGCACGACUUCGACAUCGCCCACGACCGGGCUCAAGCACGACACCAACGUCGCUCACGACCGAGCUCAAGCACGACAUCGACAUCGACCUCACGAGCGAGAUCAAGCACGACAGCGACACCGAGCUCCAAAGAGCUUCAAGAACGGUCCCCUGGGAUAGCGUCGACCUUGUCGUGACGCUCGCAAGGUGUGUGAUUUUACGGACGGUAUUCGACCCGAAACUGACAGACGCCACGCGAAACGUAUUCAAAUAUCUGUGGGAUUGUGAGAAUGUGAGCGCAUGGCGACGGUCUGCCUUCAACAACAGCGACAUCGACACCGAGGUCAACGUUCGACGUAAUAAAUGCUCACAAGGGAGAGAUACGGAAUUCUGUGUGACUGUGAGAGAUCGGCCUCCACCUGCCUUCAACAGCAGCGCCCUCGACAUGAUCUCGACACCGAGCUCCAACGAGCUUCAAGACCGGUCCCCUUGGCAGAGCGUUGACCUUGUCGCGGUCAGGGGGCUUAGUACCUCUUCGGAGGGAAGCCAACAGACGCUCACAAGGCGUGCGGCGGUGGUCCGGGGUGAGUCAGUGUGA